CGAAGAACAAGCAGCCAAAUCCAGUGAAUGCGGCUUCUGUUGAGCCUGUUGUCACAUCGGCGCAACCAAAUUCAGCUGCAGAAGAUGUUCAACCAGUCAAAAGGAAACACGCAGGCCUGAAGCUUACCUUUAGGGAAAGUGUUGCUGCCAACCGCAAGAUCACUAAUGGCGGAGUCACAGUUUCUGUCAGUGACAUGAGUAACACACGUGUUGGAAGCACGAAAGUUGGCGAUGGGAAAAUCACACCGUCGUAAGUUCCUUUUGGACUACAAUGUUGAUUCUUUCAGAACUCACCCUUUACUAUUUUGAUUGGAUAUGUGCAAUCCAAACCAGCACCAAGCACAAGCGACUGAGUGAUCCGGACUCCGAACUUGAAGGUCCCAUCGCAGACUGGGUGGACAAAAUUGCGUCCCGACCUCAGUUGAAGCCAUCUGCACCACCUAGUGCCCGACCCUCCAAGACAUCACACAUCGCAGAUGUGGACUACGACGAUCCACCUGAAGAGUUUGAUGAGCAGCCAAGAAAGCGGGGUGCAAAGGGCAUUGUGCAGCUGAUUGAGAAACGAAAAGACGCUGCGAGAGGCAAAAAGCGGGCAACCUCUGUGAUAGAAGAACCGGAGGAUAUUGCAUUCCUUGCUGACACGGAAGAUGAGGUUGAGAUUCUUGAUGACCCACAGGCCGCCGAAGACGAGGACUCACAGGCCCCCGAAGACGAGGAUCCACAGGCCCCCAGAGACGAGGACACACAGGCCGUCAAAGAUGAGGACCUGUAUCAGCAGCGCAAGGACGUUGGAGGGAUCACUGUGGGUGAAGAUGAUAUGAUGGUGGAUGAUGGCGAAAAUGCUCACAUGGAGGCUGAGACGAUCCGAGUCAAGGCCGAGAGUCGGGUUACCAGUUUGAUGUCAGUGGAUAUAUCGGACAAGAAAACGGUCAUGAAUGCAAGGUCAGAAAACAGUCGCGGAAAAAUCAAGAAAGGAAAGCCCAACAAUGCGGACCUACCCAGUGGAAUAUACGAGCACUGGCGGGCCAAAUUUGUUCCUUGUUUGAUGUACUGGGUAGGUAAUAGCGACCACCCAUGGACCAUCACUGAGGUGGAACUUGGGAAUGUCCUCGAAGACAUAUAUAACGCAGUGCGAUCACGCGAACAGGGACCUGCUGAUUUUGAUAUCGAUGGUCGCGCAUUUUAUGUGGCGAGUCAAAAGAUCCACGAGUGGCGAGCUGGAUUUGGCUCGGCUGCUGUCACCGUCUUAAUGACAUUUUUGACAUCAAUGCCUGAGUACAACACCCAGGCGGCACGCAAGGAAUACGCCGAGUAUCAACUUGAGGACCUCCGUUUCAUCUAUGAAGAUCCCGAUAAUGAAGAGCAACCAGGGGCAUUUCUGUCAGAGUUUAUCUUGCGCAUUUUUGCUGCGCACCUCGCCGCGAUUGCUGGGAAAGUAAGAGUGGAUGCACUAGUUGAGUUUGGGGAACCUGGAUAUCAGACCGCACUCGCACUGACAGCCGCAGCAGCUGAACGUGCUCUUACCUUGGUCCGAGAUGGGCUCGUAAUCGAGAACGUUACAUCUGACGACAAGAAAACUUACAAGAUCAUGCUAACCCUUAACGAAGCGACCAACAAGAUGAGUACAACCGGGACAGCAUUCUCCUGUGGAAAUUGGGAGACAGACACCCUCGCGUACAUGGACAGCGUCAAGGCACUCCCUCAUUCACGCAUCCAGGAGAUACUUACACGUGGAGAAGUGUUCAUGAAAUCCACACGUCGCAAAGGUCGAGAUGGUUCUGGUACCAGCGGCUCCACGGCACCAGCCAACAAACGUGCCCGCCUUCGCAUUUGACACGUCUGUAAUGUUCAUUUACCCCGUCAUUUUUUUCAACCGCUGAUAUUUAUUCAACAGGACUCAUCAUCCCUGCCGGUACAAAUUCAGCUCGUUCAAUAUUGACACCGGCUGCUCAGCCCAUCACGUAUACCCGUCAAUUUCCCCUCGACACGCUUCUAGUAUUCGUUAUUUCAUACAGCCACUACUGCAUACCCCUCGCUUGGACUUUGCUUUGCCUUAGUUUCGGCUCCUGCACCUA